UACAAAUACUGCUGCUGCUAACCCAGCCCCCUCCCCUUAAGAACCCCCCCAAACUCCCCAACUCCGUCGGCCAGGCAUGGAGAGGGGGACUGGCUGGUACCCAGCUUGCUACAUCGCUCUGCUCGCCUGGACAUGGCUUUUGCUCUCCCCUUGGUGUUUCACCAGCGCUGAAAUAACUUGCAGAUCCUGCUCAUCUUCAUCAUCUGCGCCUUCUUCGUCCUCCUCGCGGGUGAAACAGCAGCAGGAGCCGCCGCCUCGGGGUUUAUUGCGCUGGCCAGGGAACAGGGACGUGGGAUUCGCCAGGGAAGAAGCCCUGCAGGAGGAGCAGCCCGGCGGAGGAUGGGGGCUCGGGGACGAGGACGAAGAGGAGGAGGCGCUGGUUGUGGUGCUAGAAGACGAUCGGGGCUGGGGAAGCGUCCAGCCGGCCGCGGGAGCGGUGGAGGGGCCGUGGGGCGCUGGGGAAGUUCACAGGAGCCGGGCGAAGGGGGAUGGCUGGGCUGGGGAGGCGCACGGGAAUCCUCCGUCCAGGCAGCGCUUGGGGAUGGCGGAGGAGAGCGGAGCAGCAGCCGCCUAUGGCCGGGAGGAGAUGCUGCUGCCGCCCGGAGAUGCCCAGGAGGCAGGCGGCUCGGUGGGCAAAGUGACUAGCUCCCAUCCCCUGCUGCCCAGGGCGAGGAGGAGCAGCGGGGCCCCCCAGCUUUUCGCCCCUGGCCAUGGCCAGGCAGGAGGGGGCAGCCCUUGGACGGACGGUCAGAAAGUGACCCGCACUCAAGCCAAAGGCUCCAAAGAGGACGGGAAAGUGACCAAGCUGCGCGGAGGCGAGGAGCUGAAACUGACCAGCACCACUUUCGCCCUGACCGGGGACUCGGCCCACAACCAAGCCAUGGUGCACUGGUCGGGCCACAACAGCAGCGUGAUUCUCAUUCUAACAAAGCUCUAUGACUUCAACUUGGGGAGCGUUACUGAAAGCUCGCUGUGGAGGUCAACAGACUAUGGCACUACCUAUGAAAAGCUAAAUGACAAAGUGGGCCUGAAGACUGUGCUGAGCUACCUUUACGUCAGUCCUACGAACAAGAGGAAGAUAAUGCUCCUGGGCGACCCGGAGAUUGAGAGCAGCAUAUUGAUUAGCUCUGAUGAAGGCGCCACCUAUCAAAAGUAUCGGCUGAACUUUUACAUCCAGAGCCUGCUGUUCCACCCCAAGCAGGAAGACUGGAUUCUGGCAUACAGUCUCGAUCAAAAGAUGUAUAGCUCUAUGGAUUUUGGAAGACGCUGGCAGCUAAUGCAUGAGCGGAUCACUCCAAACAGGUUUUACUGGUCCGUAACAGGUUUGGAUAAGGAGCCUGACCUUGUGCACAUGGAAGCCCGGACAGCUGAUGGACAUGCCCAUUAUAUAACCUGUCGGAUUCAGGAGUGCUCGGAGACUAUCAGAAGUGGACCGUUUUUGCGCUCCAUCGACACCAACUCACUUGUUGUCCAGGAUGAAUAUGUCUUUAUUCAGGUGACGGCUGGUGGAAGAGCAAAUUACUAUGUGUCGUACAAAAGGGAACCCUUCGCUCAAAUUAAAUUGCCCAAAUACUCACUACCAAAGGACAUGCAUAUUAUUAGCACGGAUGAGAAUCAGGUGUUUGCAGCUGUUCAGGAGUGGAACCAGAACGAUACGUACAACCUUUAUAUAUCUGACACACGAGGAGUCUACUUCACCCUGGCCUUGGAGAAUGUGAAGAGCAGCCGGGGGCUGGAGGGAAACAUCAUCAUUGACCUUUACGAGGUAGCAGGGAUCAAAGGCAUAUUCCUGGCUAAUAAGAAGAUAGAGGACCAGAUAAAGACUUUCAUCACCUACAACAAGGGCAGAGACUGGCGCUUGCUGCAGGCUCCUGACACCGAUCUGAGAGGGGGUCCUCUACACUGCCAGCUGCCUUUUUGUUCCUUGCACCUACAUUUGCAAAUCUCAGAGAAUCCAUAUACAUCAGGAAGUAUCUCCAGCAAGGAGACGGCUCCCGGGCUUGUGGUGGCUACAGGCAACUUUGGCUCUGAACUCUCAUAUACCGAUAUCAGCACGUUCAUAUCUUCUGAUGCCGGAAACUCAUGGAGACAGAUCUUCGAGGAAGAAUACAAUGUGUGGUAUCUCGACUGGGGUGGGGCACUUGUGGCCAUGAAGCGCAUGUCAAUGCCUAUCCGGCAUUUGUGGGUGAGUUUUGAUGAAGGAAGAUCCUGGAAUAAAUAUGCCUUCACCUCGACACCCCUUUUUGUGGAUGGGUCCCUUGUGGAGCCGGGCAUAGAGACACAGCUAAUGACAAUUUUUGGCCACUUCAGUCUCCGCUCUGAAUGGCAGCUGGUCAAAGUGGACUACAAAUCCAUCUUCAGCAGGAGGUGCAACAAAGAGGACUACCAGACCUGGCACCUGCACAAUCAGGGUGAGCCUUGCGUCAUGGGAGAGAGGAAGAUCUAUAAGAAACGCAAGCCUGGAGCCCAGUGUGCCCUGGGUCGAGACUACUCCAGAACCGUUGUAUCAGAACCUUGUGUCUGUGCCGAAUGGGACUUUGAGUGUGACUAUGGCUACGAAAGGCACAGUAACAACCAGUGCAUGCCAGCUUUCUGGUUCAACCCGUCCUCUUUGCCAAAAGACUGCAGUCUCGGCCAGAGCUACCUGAACAGCACCGGGUAUCGGAGGAUUGUGUCUAACAAUUGCACGGACGGGCUGCGGGAGAAAUACGUGGCCAAAGCGGAGCAGUGCCCCGGCAAAGCCCCACGUGGGCUGCACGUCCUCACCUCUGACAGCAAGCUGCUUGCCCAGCAAGGGCACAACACCACCUUCAUCAUCCUUAUGGAAGAGGGCGAUCUGCAGAGGACAAACAUCCAGCUGGAUUUCGGAGAUGGUAUUGCCAUGUCCUAUGCUAAUUUCAGCCCCAUAGAAGAGGGCAUCAGGCACGUUUAUAAGAGCGCUGGGAUCUUUCAGGUGACGGCCUACGCGGAAAACAGCCUGGGCUCCGACACUGCUGUCCUCUUCCUACACGUGGUCUGUCCAGUGGAGCAUGUCCAUCUGAACGUACCCUUCGUUGCCAUUAGGAAUAAGGAAGUCAACCUUACUGCAGUGGUGUGGCCAAGUCAGUCGGGCACCCUUACCUACUUCUGGUGGUUUGGUAACAGCACCAAGCCCCUCAUCACCCUGGAAAGCAGUGUCUCCUACACCUUCGUCACCGAGGGGACGAACACCAUCACGGUGCAGGUCUCCGCUGGGAGUGCCCUCCUCCAGGACACCAAGGACAUCGCCGUGCAUGAGUAUUUCCAGUCUCAGCUCUUGUCGUUUUCCCCUAAUCUGGAUUACCACAAUCCUGACAUCCCCGAGUGGAGACAAGACAUUAGCAAAGUGAUCAAGCGAGCUCUAGUGCAGGUGACUGGCAUCCCUGAUGAGCAGAUUUUGGUGGCAGUAUUUCCUGGCCUGCCCACCUCCGCUGAGCUCUUCAUACUACCCCACAAAAACACGACGGAGAGGAGGAAAGGCCAUGAAGGCGAUCUGGAGCAGGUUGUUGAACUACUCUUUAAUGCUCUCAACCAGAACCUGGUCCAGUUUGAGCUGAAGCCUGGUGUCGAAGUCAUUGCGUACGUCACUCAGUUGACGUUAGCGCCGCUUGUGGACUCCAGCACUAGGCACAGCAGUUCGGCAAUGCUGAUGUUGUUGUCUGUGGUCUUUGUUGGCUUGGCAGUUUUUUUAAUCUACAAAUUUAAAAGGAAAAUCCCGUGGGUUAACAUCUACGCUCAAGUCCAGCAUGACAAGGAACAGGAGAUGAUUGGUUCCGUCAGCCAAAGUGAAAGUGCCCCCAAGAUCACGCUGAGUGAGUUCACUGACCCUGAGGAGCUAAUGGAGAAAGAACUGGAUACACGGGUUAUAGGAAGCAUCUCAACAAUUGCUAACAGCGAAAGCACAAAGGAAAUCCCCAACUGCACUAGUGUUUAAUAGCGAGAAUCCACUUGGUCUACAGCAUUUCUGGCUUUUUAUUUGUAAUUAUUAUUAUUGUUAUAAUUAAUAUUAUUAAAAAAAAGAAAAUGAUGCAUCAUUAUCAUCAUUUGGGGGCGGGGCUGGGAAGAGGUGUUUUGUUUACCAGGGCCACAUUCAUAAACAGCAGGUAGAUGUUCAGCAUUUGGAAAAUUCCCAUUGUUUAAAUAUAAAGAUUGUAGGUCAAGAUUACGGGGCUAAGAGAUUUGAGUGCCCGGUUUGUGUUAAAAUGAAUGGGAAUCACGUGUCUAAAUCUCCUAGGUGGAUCUGAACGCGUCAGCUGAACUAUUGCAGGCAAACGACCCACUUCCCGCCCCCACGCUCCGCAGUAAAUCAACAGCCUAAGACACGGGAGUUGACUCUGCAACGUGCGGAGUGCCCUCAGCUCCCAAUGACUUGCAGGUCUGAGCUGGAUCAGGCCCACUCAAUAGACUCUCCUUAUCCUUUGAUGGGGAACAAACCAAGUGACGUUAACCAUUUGGGCUCUGAAGCUGGUGAGCGGGAUGCACAAGUUUAUGAAUGAGGCUCCAACCUGUGCAUGUGACUGGUGAGGGUACUGAGGGCAGACUGUAGAUAAUUCCAGUGUAAAUAACUUUUUAUUUCUUGGGAAACAAUUUAAUGUUUAGUAAAAGAAAA